AUGCAGGAUUCAAAGCACAUACACAACUCAGAAGACGAAUUGCCUAAACAGGAAAAGGAUCUAUAUCCUGUGAAGAAGAGUUCCAGCUUCGACCAAAGUGAACUGAUGCGAACGCCCGAAGCGGAGCCUCGAGAGUUUGUUUACGUCUACAACUACAGUGAGAAUAGGACACGACGGAUGAAGAAGCGAGAAUUUUUGGAGAAACUUGGAAACCAGAAUUACGAUCAAGCAAAGAUUCCGUACUCGAUAGGCAGCAUUCCGAUAUGUACAGGCAACGACGGCUUCGGGGGUGGUGAAACCGUCGUUGCCCGGGUACAUGUCAACACUGCAUUGCGGUUACAGCGUUGGCUUGGAGUGCAAAAGCGAUUAUACAUCGUAGAUGCAAUCAAGCUGUGA